AUGCAUAAGGUAAGGUACAUACAUGUAUGGGACGAGGUUGAGCUUUAUGACGUGAAGUCGAUCGACGGGAACAACUUUCGGCCCGACGGGAAGUCAGAUCGCGUUUCGUUCGUGACGGUGACGCGACAACAUUUGCGUUCGACUCGUCCACCACCAUCACCACCACCACCACUACCAAGCCCCGACGACAACAACGACGAAAAUAAGGCGCAGUGCGUGUUUGAAUCAAAAAUGCUCGCAUUCGCUCCCUCUUCUUCUUCUUCUUCUUCUUCCUCUUCGCCCAAUUACGCUUACGUGCCAUCGCCACUCUCCCCACGAAGCGCAAACAUCUAUGGAGUGCGUCGCCACCAGUUUCAGCAAUCCGCAUCCUCUUCUUCUUCCUUCUCCUACAACCAUAUGAGCACCAACGAACCACACGGCAAGUCCAUUUCGCGAAAUGGUUCAAAUCCUCGCGACGACGAAGAGAAUUUUCCACAACCGGUAGCAGCAGCAGCAGCUGUGACGAUUACAAAUACGACAAACAGCAGCAGCAGCAGCAGCAGCAGUAGAAUCCCCUUCUCCCAACGACCCAUCAAACGACCUCCUUUCCAACAUCAACUUCGAGCACCUUCCGCUUUACACACUGGCAGACGAGACGCGUAUCUCCGCAAAAUUGCUCUUCGACGCGACGAGGCCAGAUUUGAAACGCGAGGCGAGGAUAUGAUGAGGUGGGAUUUCAUGCAGAGACAACGUGCUUGGGAGGCUGAGAGGGCGAGGGAGGCGGCUUUGGCCGCUUCGGAUUAUCUUGCUGAAGAAGAAGAAGAAGAGGAAGAAGAAGAGGAGUAUGAGCAUGAGCAUGAGCAUGAUGAUGGGGUGGUCGAUGAUGGUUAUGAUGAGUAUGAUCUUCCCGUGGCGAGCGGGCAGAUGAAUGGAUUGCAGAGAUCUUCAAUGGCGAACUCUGCGACGAGGAGUGUUUCGCAGGAGGCGGAAGUGGAGGAGUUUUUGAGGGAAGAGGGGAAGGAGUUGGAAGCGUUGUUGGAGCAUUUGCCGCCGACGGGAGAGGAGUAUGGUGAUGAUGAUGCUAUGAAUCAGGAGGAGGGGAAUGAGUUUGACGAGACGAGUUUGUGGUCUGAUGAUGCAGAUUAUGAUGCUUUGUUUGAGGAAGUUCUGAGCCAGCAGGAACAGGCUGGUGGGAAUGCUGCUGUUGCUGCCGCCGCACAAUCGUCUCAAGUCAUAUCGGACGCGCAACAUGGGUUGGUAGGUGGCGACGACGAGAUGGAUAUGUCGUGA